AUGCAACCCCAAACGCUGCCAGGAUGUGUUCCAGUUGUGCAAUUGCCCACGGCUUCGGUCCCUAGUAGGAUCCAGAGCGUUGUCGGUAAGCGGUCACCAAUUUCUGAUGAUAUUGAGGAGUUUCGUGGCAUACCGUACGCCUGUGUGCCAGGAAGAUGGGAACACUCGCGCCUGAGAGACUGUUUACCGUGUGAUAUAUAUGACGCUACGAAGAACGGUCCACGAUGUCCUUCGCAGGGAAAUCAUGACACACGAGGGUUUCAAUCAUACUUGCCGUACCCGGACGACAGUCAGGAUGAGUUCGAGUGCUUGAACCUUUUUGUUGUGCGCCCAAGUAGGGAAGCACUUGUAAAGCACGAUUUCGUUGCCGAAACGACUCGACUGCCUGUACUUGUUUGGAUCCAUGGCGGCGGAUUCAUUGAUGGCGCAGGCACGGAUCCAGUGUCGGACCCUUGCCGGCUUGUUCUUCGCUCCCUCUCCAACAAAACGCCUUUUAUCGCGGUUUCCAUUAACUAUCGUCUGGGAAUAUUUGGCUUCGGUGCUUCAUCUGACAUGAUCGCAGCCCAAGGCAGCGAUUCCUCUCUCAAGGGCUUGAACUUUGGUCUGCACGAUCAGAAACUUGCUCUCAUCUGGGUAAAGCGCAACAUUGCUGCUUUUGGAGGAGAUGACACCAAAAUUACAAUUAUGGGCCAAUCCGCUGGUGGAAUUUCAUGUCACCUUCAUCUUCUUGAGGCGGAAUUUGGCACGGAGAAACCGCUAUUCCGCAAGGCUGGUUUGAUGUCUGGGCCCGUUGGGGGCCUCGAAUUGACGUCGAUGGAAAAAGCUGACCGGCGCUGGGCAGACCUCUGCCGACUGUUGUCCGUCCAAGCGAAUAACCCAGUUGAACGAAUUGACAUGUUGAGAAGAAUACCUACCAAGGAUCUUCUCAACAGUGUUUCAGAACUUCACUGGGUCCUUUUCACGCUAGUCAUCGACGGAUUAACCAUUCGAAGAAGCGAUUUGGGCUGUGACAUUUCCGUUCAUCUCGGGCCCAAUGGAUUAGGCGAUGAAAUCGAGCCUUCUGACGAAAAGAUUCAAGUCCUGAUGAGCGCAACAGACGAUGAGUUUAGAGGUUUUGCCCUAAUGGCGAACUGGGAUUACAUAAAGUUCCGCUCUCUCUUCACCCCGAGCUAUCCCUCAGAAGCAGCGGCCGAGGAGGUUCUUCAAGCCUACGGUAUUUUGCCUACAUCUUCUGAUACAGAUCUUCUGGAGGCAUUCUCACAGUUCAUAUCCGACGCCACGAUGAUGCACAAAGUAUAUCGCGCAAACGAAUCUUUCAAGGCUCACCGUGGGAAACAAGCUCUCCUCCGUGGUCAGGACCCCAAACGCGUGGGUGUGCAAUAUUACCACUUCGAAUUCGGCAAUCCUUUCCGUGGGCCUAUGCGAGGAAUAGCGCACCAUGGAGUUGAAAUGGUCUAUGCCUUUGGCACCUUUUACGAUGCUCUGAAGAAGGCUGACCAAGGGGUUUCGGAAGGUUAUAUUGAGCCCGGCCAAGCUCAUGCAGAAACCAACAGUGGUGAACCCUCAACAAGCACUGAAGCUACUGAGUACCGCAAGUCCAACGUUGAUCUCAGCUAUGGGCUACAGGAUAAGUUGAUACAAUUUGUGGUGGAGGAUUGCCAAGAGACAGACCAGCGCGCAUAUGCUGAUGAUAUCGUAACAUUUUGUCGCGACCGAUCGGUCUGCAGAGCAAACUGGUCUAACAGCGAGAAAUGGAUAGCAAAGAGGGAGAAACUUGAAGUGCUAGAUAAGCAGUUCGAUUCUAUGACAACGGCCACACAAAGACUUGUAGGGAGCGUUAUUGGUAUGGUAUUAUAG